AUGGCGGCAGUGGGCCGUGCGCAGAAAGGCUAUCAGCGAUUCCCUACAAAGCAGCGCAUGCUGAUGGCCUGUGAGGGCGGGGCAGCUCACCAAAACCUGGCCUCGAAGAUCUUCUCUGUAUGCUGCAAAUGCUGUGAGAAACCCGAUGCUGCAGAUGACUCCAAGAUCCCCAAUCAAACCCAAGAGCUUCAGCUGUCAAAGCAUGGUGUGCAGAAGGAUGAGCUCAACAGACAAAGCCUCAAGCACAGUGACGCAGCACCCUGCAUGAGUCUGGGGAAAGCCACGCUCCCCUCAGAAAAGACAACUUCUUGUUUCAGCAGCAGUGAGUUUUCAGAUGUAAAUUCACAAGCUUCCAAAAGAGGGUUUCCCAAGGGAAGGCUCAGCCGCUACUCCCAGGAUCGCUGGCCGUACCAACCAUGCCUCAUCGGGAGGCCCUGA